AUGUAGACACCACUAGGCACAUGGUGGGUAUGUUAUGUACGCCAUUCCUUUUCCUUUUAGGACGUGAUGGUAAAAAGAAUGCAAUUUUUAGGCAUCUUCAUUCUUUUUCUCUACUCAGCUUUUCACAAGAGAGCAUGAUUUUUCUUGAAUAAUUACCACCUCAUCAUCACUCAUUCACUCUCUUCUCCUUCUUUGUACUAGUACUACUUUCAUAGGAAUAUUUUUGCAGCUUUAGAACCCUCUUUUCUCCUCCCUUCAUCUCAUAUAUAUAUCUGGUUCAGCUUCACUUCCCUUAAUUACUAGCACUAACUCAUCAACAUUCAACAAGGUUCCCAGAGCUCAAUUCGAGGUUCGAGGGUUUAGUCAUCAGCUACAAAUUAAGUACAUAAAGCCUCUGAUUUUAUCAGCAUUAUAGAUGAUGAGGGAAGAUACAAGGAGACAAUGAUGAAUUUAAAUAAAGACGGUCCUCCGUACACAACGAAACAAGAAGAAGGAGACUCGAGCAAGGCGGCGGCUCCAUCAAGGCAAUGGUCAUCAGGAUUCAAGAAUCCAAGGAUAGUACGAGUAUCGCGUACCUUUGGAGGUAAAGAUAGGCACAGCAAAGUAUGCACCAUCAAAGGUUUAAGAGAUAGAAGGAUUAGACUAUCCGUACCUACAGCAAUCCAGCUCUAUGAUCUCCAAGAUAGGCUUGGAUUAAGCCAACCGAGUAAAGUCAUUGAUUGGUUACUCGAUACAACAAAACUCGACAUUGAUAAGCUGCCACCAUUGCCUCCUAUCCCCGGUGGUUUCAACCCUUCUCAAGGUUACGGUAUGCCGCCAACACCAUUCUUUGAUGCAAGCUUGUUACCGUCUAGGAAAGAAUGCGGUAUUAAUAUCAAUAGUACAAUGAACGACGAUGUGGAUGUGGAUGUGGAUGUGGAUGUGGAUGUGGAUGUGGAUGUGGACGAAGAAGAUGAGUCGUCCAUUGUUGCGAAAUUCAAGUAUUGGGGGGAUAUGAAUGCAAUGACGAUGAUGAGAUCUAAACAAAAAGGAGUAGAUUAUCAUCAUGAACAAGGUAGUAGUAGUAGUUCUCAAGUUUUAGCUCAAAAUUUGUUCCCAAUUGCAAGCUCUAAUAAUACUACUACUAAUACUAAUAAUAAUAAUAAUAGUAUGUUACCUCAUCCUCACCCUCACCCUCACCCUCACCCUCACCCUCACCCUCCUUCCUUUUUGAGUAAUAAUCCUAUGUAUAACUAUUACCAUUUGGAGCCUUCAAAUUUGUCCUUGAGUCAAUUAGGAAGUUAUAAUGAUCAUCAUCAUCACCAAGGCGCUUCUCAAUCAAGCUCCACUCCACAACCUCCAUCUUCGCUAUCUCUUUCCUCAAUGUCUCAAUUGUUUCUAUGCCCUUCCAUGGCUACCACUUCAUUCUUCCCUUCUAAUCAUCAUGCCUCCUUCAUGAAUAAUACUAGUCAUCAUCAUCAACAACAACAUCAACAACAACAAGUAGAGAAUGACUUGAGACAAUUCAAUCGUUUCCCUUUGUCAAACAACAACAAUCCUUUCUCUUCGUCUUUCCACAAUAAUAACUCUAGUGGAUUGGAUAUGAAACCGGCUUUCCCUUUGAGUAUGAAUCAUGACCCUCAUUUGCAACAAGAGGAUGAUGAAGACCGCCAAGGGAAGAGUAGUGCUCAUAAUCCUUGGAAAGAAUCCUCCGGGAAUUGAAUUAUGAUAUGUGUCAGAGGACCAGCUCUGUUGAAGCCUCAAGAUUAGUUUUAUACUCUAUCAAUAUGAUUCAAUUAAACUUCAAUUCCCGGUAUCUUCUGAGGUCGAAUGGGAAAGAAAAAGGAAACCAUUUGUUACCGUGGUUGAUCAUGGUUAUCUCAAUGCUAAGUUUGAUGAUUGAAGAAGCUAAUUGAGCAAAGCUUUUGCUGCCAAGACUCUAAAUACAUCAAGUAAGUUUUUUUUUUUUAAUAAAUUUGAUCAAUGUAACUUACAUUAAACUUUUGUACUAGACAUGUUUCUUCAAAAUUAUGACACAAAUAUAUAUAUAGGUGGAGAUGAGCUCCUUAUUGA